AUGUCCCGCCGCCGCGGAUCACCACCACCAUCCCGCCCCUCGCACCGCCACUACUACAACAGCAGCGGCGGCGCAUGCCCUGCACCCUACAGCCGCGACCACGGCGGCCGCCACGUCACGCGCACGCGGCCGGAGCAGCGUUUCGCAACCGCUGCUGCAGACAUCGACUACGGUCGUCGUCGGCGCCGCACCGAAGACGAUGCAAUCGCCGCCGCCACCGCCCGCAACGAUUACAGAAUCAUCGAAGCGCCGGCCGACCUGCCUGUGGAUUUCGAGUACGUGCCUCGCAGCAGCGGCAACCGCCGCACCGCCGCCGCCGACCGUGAGUACGAGGUCGGUGCUGUUGGUGCUGGUGGUGGUGAUGAUGACUACGAGUAUCGCGAGGUUCGGCGUCGACGCGAGAGGUCCAGGUCCAGGCCCAGGUCCAGGUCUAGGAUUCGUAGGUAUCGCGAUUACACGACCUAUACGACGACGAUUCCGACGAGGCAUUCCGUCAGGGUAGGUCGGACUGAGGAUGUCGUCGCAGAAGCACCCGCAGCUGGUGGAGAAGAAGUCGCGGCGGAGAUGCCGGAGCGGUAUGGGGAGGAGAUUGCGUUUGAGGAGUCGCCGGAGGAUCUGUUCGGGGACGGAGGGGGUGGGUUGGGGUAUGAGGAGCGUGAGGGGAUGCGGUAUGGGGAUUUUAUGCUGAGUAUGCGGAGUAAGGAUGUUUUUGGGGUGUUUGCGACAGGGUUGGGGGAAGAAGGGGAAGGUGAUAGGGAUGUGAGUGAUGCGAAAGAGGAGGAGGGGGGAGGGGCCGUAGGCGUGAAUGGCAUUGAUGCGACGAGUGCUGUGGGGAGUGCGCAUGAGACGAGGUACAGAGUACUUUUCUCGCAGUGGGUGGAGAAUGGGAGUGGUGGAGAGGAUCCGGUGGCAGAGUUAGUCGUGGAGAUGGAGAAAGGAGUAGGUACGAGGGGAAAAGCGAGAAGGGGCCUGUAUGAGUGGGUGCAUGUCAAACAGGAUUUCAUGAACUUUGAGGCUUUCACGCGGCGGGUGGAGAAGGCAGGCAGACUUAACCAGGAGGAGAAGAAAUACGUCUCGAAGGUGCUGAGAGGCAUCUCCAGACAGUUCGAGAAGCCAUUGCUAACACAGGAUGGGAUGCAAGGAAGAUACAUGAUGGCUAAUUUCAACCAAGAGUUUGACGACACUACGGGAGCUCCCGGCGUUGCUUUCAUCUGUUUGCCUUUCUUCACGCUUGAGAAGUAUGGACCACCAAGGCUCCCAGAGAACUCCAAAGCGCACCCGAAAAGGACGCUGUUACAGACACUGUUCUCUUCAGCCAGUCGAGCACAGGAUCUUCAGCAGGCCGUGACCCAGCUUCCGAACACGCCGAAAGACUUUCUGUUUCAUGUGCGUCAGAUUUGGGCUUUCAUCGUAGACGAUAAGUUCAUGAUCACUUGCUCGGGCGAAGAUCCACCAUCGAUUGCCCGAGAUUCAAUCACAAUCACCUCACAACCUUUGGCGGCUGAUGCAGUGAAAUCAACGCCUCGGUAUAUCGAGGUAUCCGACGAGUGCAUGAACAUAUGGCUUUUACCAUUGGAGAAGUGCAAAACAUGGUUUAUGCUACAUUCAAACUUUUUUGACACCAUGGUUGACUACGACAUCGAAGCUGGUUUCUCAUACACCAUCACCUUCGACAGCACAGUGCUGAGCGAGAAUGACUGGCCGAAAGUUUACGAGAAAGCGCAACGGACAACAGUCCGGAUAUCUAUCAGCAGCGGUGACAGCGGAUACUCGCUGAGGAUACCAACGAUCACCCCAGGAGGCUAUUCUGAUGAUGAUGCUGAGACUCUGGUCUCCGAACCAUCGAGCGUACCGGUGAUUUUGCCAGAUUUGGAGCUCACCAAGGACCAGUUCCACGUUUUUACCUGGCUGGCUAGCACCAGCAAUAGCGAAGAUCGCUCCGACAAGCUCUCAGACAUUGAAGAGCUCAGCAGAAUCUCGACUUAUGCAAAGCGCUUGAGAGACCUAUCCAAAAACAUAUCCGACCUCGAAGUUCCCCCGCCAUCUCAAAGUAACCCUCCAGACAAGUUCGUUGUGGCCUGGAUCCACACAUGUUUGGCCGUCUGUCAUUGGAAACCUUCCGACAUGUCAGCAUUCGACCACCAUCUCGAGCGCUCCGAGAACGAACUGGUUAGCGGUCUGCCCAGCUUUCUGCGCAGCUUCCAAGAUAAGCCCUUAGAGAACAGAGCUGCUGCCAUGCCUUUAGGCAUAUUGAGCCUGCUCACACAAGAGCUUCUGAUGGACUUCACCGGCAUGAGACCUGACGUAUUCACCUCGUAUCGUGACUAUUACUACCAACUGAAACACCGCAUGGAUGAAGACCCACUCAACCGCGCCCACCAAAAAAGCAUCAACGCCUUCAAACAAGAACUCGAAGCCAUCACCAACGUCCUAAACCAACAACUCACCGUGCUCACCGACUUCGGCCUGGCGCUCGAGCAGCGCAAGCAGCACGCGGGGCGCACGCUCUUCUCGGCGCCCUACGCCGUCGCGCCCAACGUCGUCGACAACUGCGCCGCCGCCGUCGACUCCAAGAUCCGCGGCUUCGCCGGCAUGCGCCAGAACGCCGAGGCGCUGCGCCUGGCCAGCCUCGAGAUGAUCGACUCCAACAAGGACCGCCAGGAGGCUGCCAUCUACGCGUUUACUAUCGUUACGAUCGUGUUCUUGCCGCUGUCGUUUGUGUCCGGGUUUAUGGGGAUGAAUACGGCGGAUAUUCGCGAUAUGCCGCAUCGGCAGUGGGUCUUUUGGGCUGCGGGUAUACCGCUGACGAUAUUGAUCAUUUUGCUGGGGCUUAUCGGGGCUGAGGGCGUGGAGGCGUUGUAG